UCCCGCCCCCGCGUAGGAGCCGCCGCGCAGUCCCGGCCGCCUCCGGUAGCGAUGGGGCCGCGGGGCAGGCGGUGCCUCCCGCUGCUGGCGGGCCUGGUGGUGGCCGUCGCCCUGGCGGAGGCUGCGACCUUUUUGUCCCAGCAGUAUGCCUCUCAGUUCCUGCUGAGGAAACGUCGAGCAAAUUCUUUUAUGGAAGAAAGUAAGAAGGGAAAUCUAGAAAGAGAGUGCAUUGAAGAAUUAUGCAAUAAGGAAGAAGCCAGGGAAAUCUUUGAAAAUAAUCCUGAAACUGAGUAUUUUUAUCCCAAAUAUUUAAGCUGCCUUGCCUCCCAUCGAGCAGGGGUUUUCAGGAUUACUGCAAGUACUCCAGAUUCUCCAGCUGGCCUGAGGGCUUGUGUCAAUGAAAUUUCAAACCAGUGUAGCCCUCUGCCGUGCCAUAGAGAUGGAUAUAAGGAUUGCAUAGAUGGACAAGCCAAAUAUACGUGUGUCUGUAAAUCAGGAUGGCAAGGAGAGAAAUGUGAAGAAGAUAUAAAUGAAUGUGAAGACUUAAAUGGAGGUUGUAGCCAACGCUGUUCUAAUUUUCCUGGAAGCUACCGUUGUUUAUGCGAAGAUGGCUACUUCAUGCAUUCAAAUAAACGGGAUUGUGGAGAUAUAAAUGAAUGUGUGUUACAUCCAAACAUCUGUGGGACAGCCAUCUGUAAGAACACCCUGGGGAGAUACGACUGUGAGUGUGCAGAAGGCUACACAUAUAAUAGAACUUCCAAGAGCUGUGAAGAUAUUGAUGAAUGUGCUGAAAACGUUUGUGCUCAACUCUGUGUAAAUUCUCCAGGAAGUUAUAGCUGCUAUUGUGAUGGCAAGAAAGGGUUCAAGCUCUCUAAGGACAUGAAAAAUUGUGAGUCUGUUACUGCGUGUACCCCACUGAACCUUGAAAAGAAUUAUGAACUGCUUUACCUGGCAGAGCAAUUUGUAGGAAUUCCUGUUCUGUACUUAAAGUUUAAAUUGCCAAAUGUCACAAGAUUUACAGCAGAAUUUGAUUUCCGGACAUACGAUGCAGAGGGAGUUAUACUAUAUGCAGAAUCCCUUGACAGUGCAUCAUGGAUCUUGCUUGCUCUUCGUGAUGGGAAGAUUGAAAUUCAAUUCAAGAAUGAACUUGGAACAAAGGUCACCAGUGGAGGCAAAGCCAUUAACGAUGGACUGUGGCAUAUAAUAUCUGUUGAAGAACUAGAACACAGCAUCAGUGUAAAAAUAGCUAAAGAAGCUGUGAUGAGUAUUAACAGCCCAGGAACUCUCUUUAAACAAUCACAGGGUUUCUUGGAAACUAAGGUAUAUAUUGCAGGAUUACCCCGCAAAGUGGGCAACACUCUUGUUAAACAGAUUAACCCUCGACUAGAUGGGUGCAUUCGUGCCUGGAACCUGAUGAAUCAGGGACAUUCAGGUGUAAAAGAAGUUAUACAAGAAAAGCAAAGUAAGCACUGUUUAGUAGCAGUGGAGAGAGGAUCCUUCUACCCUGGCACUGGAAUGGCAAAGUUUCAGAUAAACUAUAAUAAUCUUGACAGUGCUGAAGACUGGCUAAUAAAUGUGACUAUGACUAUUCGCCCAUCUGCGGACACUGGUGUUAUGUUUGCCUUGGUUUCUAAUGAAACAGUGCCUCUGGCUUUGUCUAUAGUGGACUCUAACUCUGCUGACUCACAGAAAAUCAUUGCAACUAUUGGAAACAUCACUGUUGCACAACUGGAAUCAAAGAAGUUAUGUACACCCAGAAAAGUGUUGGUUGGACUUGUAGUAACCAAACAGCAACUUGAACUGUCUGUUGAUUCACACACGGACAGAAGCAAUCCAGAGCAACUGUCUAUCCUGCGUCAAGCAAUGAUGGGAAAUGUUGUUACCUACUUGGGCGGCCUGCCAGAUAACCAGGUGAGUUCCAUUCAGAUUGAAAGUGUAGAAUGGGAAGAAUGCACUAAUGGUACAGUACCAUCAUAUACAGCAACAGAUGUUCCUCUGGGUGCUGCGUUAGUAACUGCUUUUUAUAAUGGCUGCAUGGAGGUGAAGGUCAACAACAGACAGCUGGAUCUGGAUGAAGCCAUUUCUAAACACAAUGACAUUAGAUCUCACUCGUGCCCACUGAUUAUGCUGUAACCAUUGAAUUCUUAAUUUAACUUUUUUCUUUCAGAUAUAAUUUGUGUAAUUAGUCUCAUGCCAUAAUGAAGCCUGUAUUAUUUUAUUCAAGAUGUGCCAGGAAAAUAAUCAACAGUGUGGCUUUCCACCCAUUUAUAUAGAAUGUCGGGGGGGAGGAGGAAAUCCUCCCUUUUCAGCUGUAAAGAGACAAUCAAGAUCAAAAUUCUAUAAAAUAUUACUUUAUUCUAUCAGUGGUAAAUCUUAAAGCUAGAUAUAUCUACUGAGUUCAUACUAUGAGCCUUGACAUAUUUAGUUUGGAGAAAGAGUUCAAGAAGUUCUGUUUAGAACCAAUUUUACUUCUUAUUUUUCAUAUAUCAGCACAAAGUUACAAGUUGAAAAUUUCGGUAAUGUGUUUGAAUCUAAGCAAAACCACUGUCAUUAAACUUUUCCAAGCAUAACAUACAAAGAAAAAUCUCUACAGGUUUAGUAAUAUGUGCUUUUUGGUAAAAAAAAAAUAAAACAAACAAACAAACCCAACACCCCCGCCCUGGAAUGCAGAACACAAGCUCUUUCUGAAUGUUUACAACUUAUAUAAAGAUUGGUAAAACAACUUCAAAACUGAAAUAUUUUUGUAAGUAGCUCAGUUUUUUAUAAUGGCUCUUGUUAUACUGCACCAGCUCUAAUGCUUCUAUCUUAGGAACCCAGCUUUAGACACAGAGUUCUGGAUGAGGUCAGGUAAUAUACUUAGUGAAUUAAAAUAGACCCCAGGCAAUUUUGGAAAACAGAGGAGGUGGUUUGAAAGAAGGAGCUCUGGUCUUCAUCAUGGGACAUCAAGCUGGAAUUUGCUAAGUAAAGCUGAAAAAUUGUGGGAAAUAUUUCUUCCAUUUGAGACAAAUCUAGCACUCCUCAAUAUGAGCACCCUCUAAUGGUCUACCGCAUUCCCUUUAUGUAGGUCAACCUUGCACAUACAGAGCCCCAGAAGGGAUUUAUUUGUAAGCCCUGUUGCAGUUGUGUUUCUGAUGUAUUUGAAAGCCUAAAUUCUGCUAGUAACAUUAGAAUGUAAAGCCAUAUUCUACUCAAGCAACUUUAAUGGAACAGGUAGUUAGAAAAGUAUUGUUUUCCUCCAGUGUGCUCAUUUCAAGCAUUUCUAAUAUUUCUUGAACUUCCUUUGAGUGUUCUUUCCACUUCCAACCUCAUUUUCACACAACUGUAAGCUUUCCUGCGCAGCUCACCUAGUGGUUUUAUUAACCCCAAACCAAAUAAAUAGCGAGAGAAUUGCUAUACCUGAUGAAUACAUACUCUCAUCCAUCAACCAGAGAGACAUUUAUCUGCCAAGAUUCUCAACAUGAGGUUUGCCUUCUUCACUGGAGACAUUGAAGUGGAAACGUAUGUACAGAAGGAUGGAUUGUGAUGAUAUUCAUUUUGAGUACUACCUUUCUCCAGAGAUACUCCCACUGACAUUAGUGAGAUUUCUUUCAUUGUUGCGUACUAAUAUUAGUACAUCUGUAUUGGAGAAUCUGAGCCCAUCUUUCAGCAUUAUUGCUUUGUCCAGUGUUGUUACUAACUUCACUUCCCACUUGUGUAAUGUAAUACAGGAUUUGCUCUGACUUUCACACCAGCAGCCUCAGUACAGUCUUCAGAUCUGUCCAGCAGUGGUCCAUAAGUAGCUGCUUAUCAGCAAGGACACAUACGGCUGACACCCAGGAACUAACUGGCAGUGAACUACUAGUUCACUUUUCUAGAAUGGUAUGUAAAAAAAACACUUUGGAUUUCUCCAGCUCCAUGGAAGGGAAAUAACUGCAGGAAAAUAUCCCUCUCUGCUCUCCUUCCACCCCAACACAUACUUUCUUCAUUUGAACCUAAACUGAAGAAUAUGGCUGAAAUAAGCAGGUUUUGCAUGUAAGGCAGAGCUGAAUUGGGAUUUCUGACAUGAAGUACACCUGUGAUCAUUUAUGCUAUCUCUGCAGCACCCACUGCAUUCUGGAAAGCCCUUGGGUCAGCCUCUGCCUUGUGCAACAAACACAAAAGCGAUGAGGAACACAAAGUAAAGCAUCAGCAAUCCUAUAAAUGGUAGAGAUCUGAAAUUUAAAAAACAAAAAAAUCACUUCCUUUUCCUAUGCAGACACCAUUUCUUUUUGUUCUCAUGGAAGAAUAUUUUAGGAUACUGUAGUUACAAUGAAACCUUUUUUUUUUUUAAUGUAAAAGUGCCUCCCUAUCGUAAGAACUAAAUAAAGCAGCAUUUACAAGUUUCUUUUAAUUUUAAGUUGUAUUUGCAUAUCUUUGUUCAUUUUCACUUGUUCUAGGGGUUAAAUGGCUUACUCAAGAGACUGUGAUAAUCUUCAGCAUGAAAGAAAAGAAUUGGCUCAAGUUACUAUGCUAUCCAAAUAUACAUCCAUAUUCUUUAGAUAAAUUUUUGAGUUGAUUCAUUUUUUAACAUUGCCUGAGGAAAUAAAGCUUUGCCUAAAACUACAUGUGGAAGAAAGGAGAUCCAUGAAAGUUGAUUCCUGUCUUUCCUCCUUCAUCAGAUGUAUUUUAAUUGUAUUUUUAGACAUAAUAAUUUCAGCAAGGGCUGUUCAGUGUUUAUACAGAACAGCUGGACUUGCUCUGUGCUUUUUCAGCUCCUGUGCGUAAAAUGUUACAAAUCAGUAUACCCUAAUUUCCUGGAAAAUGUAAUCUAGUCAUGGAAUUGGUUCUCACUUAUACCAGAUUAGCUUUCUGCUUAUAUGCCCGAUUGAAGCUUACUUUAUGUGCUUUAAUGCCUGCGUGUCUCCUCAUAGAGAUAACUGGCUAGAUUGAGUGCAAACACUUUUGCUGUUGAUAUUCAAGAUUAGCUCUAGAGCUGUGAUAGUCAAAGAAAGAGAGGCCAAACUAAUUUUCAGUCAUUCCAGUCCAACUUAUCACUGAGCAGUGCACUGAUGUUGGUCCUUCAGUGUCAUUAGUCAUAUGUACAUGCUUAAUAUUUUUCUACCUCAGCAACCUUAUUAUAUCAAAUUAACUCCCAUGUGUUAUUUUGGGCUGUGCCCCAUUGUUACACUGGCCAUAUCCCUUUUCUAUAAGGGUAGCUACAUUUCAAUAGGAAUAUGUGAAUAAGCAGCUAAAUUGUAUGCUGGUUCUGAGUAAGAGCUAUUCUGUUGCUUACAGACACUUGUAUUGAAUCACUAAAGUAGCUGCAAAUCAACACAGCUGUAUGUAAUUCAGGACUUGAAUUAUGAUCAUGUUGCUUUUUUUAAAAAAAAAAAUGUUUUGGCUUGGGUUUUUUUGAGGAAUUUGUAGCAUCUCAGCAAAUUAGGAAAGUGGAAAAAACACAAGUAACAAGAAGGCAGUAUCAUGCAACAUAGGUUUGCAGAGCCACAGAUUUCCUGCCUCCUUGUCAUUCAGGAUGAGGACCACAGGAUAUGCAGCAAGAUAUAAAGCAAAACACGCACACACACUCUCUCUGCUCCCCAUAAGCAGUUUGGUACAUUUUAGGAAAGUCAGACAUGUGCAAAAAUACUUUAAAAAGUACUGUUAGCAUAAUUAACAUUUUCACACUGAAACAUUAACAUAAAAGCAUCCUAUGCAACCAUCUGUGCCAGAAGAUUUUUGCUGUAGCGUGGUGCUUUGCUUCUGUCUCUUGGUUUUUGAAAGGACCGAAAAGGCAGAAAUCCAAUCCACCUUAGCGCUGUAGCCUCUAUACAGUCUAGCUGAGCACUUGAGGUAGAGUACACACACACAUACAAAAAAAACCCCACCAGAACUAACACUAACCAAAAAUCCCUCACCAAAAGCCACCAAUCAUUUUGAUCCAACAGAUAUUUUUUACCACCUUUAUGCUCCCUUCCACUCUACUACACCUCUCCAAACGCAUAAACACCUCUUUUUAAAAAAUACAGCUUACUUUUUAACCUCAACUGGCAAUUUUACACCACCCAGCAUGGCAACAGUUUGAUCAAAAGUCAAGGCUCUGUUGCUUACCUCCUCAAGACCAUCUUUAUAAAUGCAUGUAGUUGAACAGGCAUGCUUGGAUGUAAACUGGAGUUUAAACAAGGAAUUCAGAUUGCCCUGGAGUAUGUGUCAUUAGAAGAGUAAUUAAAGACACUGAUCUAGAAGUCUAUAGUUUGUGGUGCUAAGCCUGCCGUAGAUCAAACGUCUUGCUCAUUUUUCCUCAUAAGCAAAAUAGGUUUGUUUCUUAAUGCUCUUUAAGAAGCUGUCUUUCCCUUCCCUCCUAUUCCCUGGUUGAGGUCUAUAAAAAACAGACACAACAAUACACUACUAUGAAAUUAGAAAAAGCCAUAAUAGCUUUUCUAGAUACAGAUUAGCCUGAUUCUUCUCUGACCUAGCCAGGCUUCCUCUGCUGAAGUCCCACCACAGCACUACUGGGGAAGCACAUGCUAAUAGCAAUGCUGACACCCAGCGUAAGUGAACAGAAGGGGUAGUGAGGGCCACAGGAUCACAAAGCAAUGUUUCUAGGACUCCCUGGUAGUAGUAUGUUCGAUAUCAUAAAAAAGAUAUUAGUUUAAAAAUCUAUAAUCUUAAUAGGAUGUAAGAAAACCACUAAUACACAUGCUAAGUUAUAUGUGAAUUAUUGCAAGUUUAGGGUGGCACAGAAGGUUCAUAAUAAAAAUGGUUUGCUUAAAGCAAACUGCAAGAAAGAAUAGCUUAUGUAUAAAAGAGCCAAUAUUUCUCAUUACCAUUAAGCAGUAGCUUACCUUCCCAGGAAAGAUAUUUUUUCUUUAUUCAAGUUCUGGUAUGACUCCCAUCAACCAAAACUGAAUUUGAAAGAACCACAACAGAGGGGGAAAAAAAAACAAAACCAAAGAAAACAGGAAAAGAAAAGAGAAGUUGUUGAUCAUCCCACCAGCUGGUCCCAGUCUUCUGCUAAUGCAGCCCAUUGAAAAGCAAUCUCCUUUAAAUCUGGGUAGAAGCCAGGCUUUUGCUUAAAGAGUUUCUUCUGGAACAGAAGGUCAUAUAGAUUUAACAAAUCUGUUUGUCUGGAACAGGCAAACCUUAUCACCUUGUAAUUCAUGACUUUAUAUUACCACACUGAGCAGUAGAGGCAUUAAGCAAGCUGCAUAGAUGAACUGAAGUUUGUGUCUCAGUGAAGGUUUAUACAGUCUUUCACAGGAUUCAUAAGUAGUUCAUUGGUAGCUUCACAAAAUCCUCAUAGUGAAGACAUUACCUCUCCUUCACUGCUUUCCACAGAUGGGAACUGGGAUGACAUCAGGAUCUGACCCAAACUGUCCUUCCAUCUGCUGAGGUGGGACAAAAACUCCUUGUGGUGCUCUCCACUCCAUACUGGAAAUGAGAUUAGUCUGAGUCAAAUAGUCAAGAGAGGGUGUGGCCUCUUGUCUCUGCAGGUAAAGGUUGCUUUUGUAGGCACUUAGCUUUUUAGACACAGAUAAAUGAAAAAUAUUUCCAAGAAUGUUUCAAAUAAAAACUGUUUUUACAGUUUACAUAAUGCAUAAGAAUGAAUCUUACUUUCAGGUAAGAUAAGCUGAGUUACUGUAUGUCUUUUUAAAGCAAGAUAAACAUUACGUUAUUUUUUUCUGAACUUUAUUUACAUGUGGAAGGCUUUAAAGAAAACAACUUACAAAACUUUAGAAAUACAGGGUGAAUUUUUUUCAAUCAAGCAGAUAAAAUGUAAUUACAACAAUAUGGGCCAAGAGAUGUUGAUAAGUUCUUUACAUGUCAUUGAAAAGCCCAACCAUUGAUUUAAAUGAUGUGAAUAUUCUUUUUGUAUUUGGAUGUGCAGAAAAUAAAAU